UGCCCCUUCACACGUCUGCCGUCGAAAGCCAAUUGCCCAAUGAGCGAUCAUCUAUUAGCCACGAGAUGCGGCAACGGAGUCCAUCGAGUCCAACCACUUACAACCUCACUGGCGAUACUAACGGUAGUACAGGUAUGAUGCAUCCGAGUCCCAUUGCAUCAUGAUCGAUUCCCCUCACCGGCAUACAUACACGAGUACGUCCUGCACCGGGAUGGCCAGUCGCGAUGUAGGUCGAGAAACCCACCUACCUUACCUUAGUUCAUCUAGGACCGUGAAGCACGUGGGUUUUGGCCGGGCACCACGAAUGCCUAGAAGAUCGAUGGCAUUGGCAAGACAACCAGGAGGCAUUUCGUAGCCAUAAGGUACUAUACGUUCGUCAAGAUCACGUAUAAAGCCGGCGAUGGAUCCUCUAGUAAACAUCCCGACUACCAGCCCGCACAUCUUAGAAAUCGCAGGCACCUCAGGUUCUCACCUUUCUCCCUCGCUAUCCCUCGCCCAAGAUGUGGUCCGUCACACUCCAUGGCCUGUUGGCCCUUGCAACUGCCGCUCAGGCCUUGCCGGCCCAUUCCAUUAGCAGUGGCAUGGAGAACCUGAAGGCUCAUAUCAAGCGCGUCGUCAUCCUAGAAAUGGAGAACCGCUCUCUGGACAACCUCCUGGGUGGGCAGAAGCAGAAGGGUCUCGACAACCCCAUCCGCAAUGGCCCAUUCUGCAAUCCUUAUAAUCUGACAAAUCGUGCUGAUGGCUCUGUGUGCUCCAGAGCCAACGACUUUGACUCCAUCACAAACGAUCCCGACCACGCCGUCUACGGCAACAACAUUCAGUUUUACGGCGACUUCACACCCGACAAUGAAGCCAUUGCUUCGGGUCGCUUGGUGCCUACCCAGCAAGGCUUCGUUCAUGAGCAGCUACGACUUUACGGGUCCAAGGUCAACCGGUCCACGCUCGCACAGCAGGUCAUGAACUAUUACACCGAAGAGCAGGUGCCCGUUCUUACCGCCCUGGUGAAGAACUUUGUGACCUUUAACCACUGGCACUCGGCCGUUCCUGGCCCCACCAACCCCAACCGUCUUGCUCUUGUUUCUGGGAGCUCCUAUGGUCACGGUACAAAUGACGCCUCCUUCAAAGUGAGAGGGUUCAACCAGACCUCCAUCUUCCAGUCAUUGACGGAGCGCGGUCACACCUGGAGGAACUACCACGACCCCGCUGGUGGCACGGGACCCGAGGCCUCGUGGUUUGAGUGGACCUAUGCUGCCGGCCUUAGCAGCAAUAUCGUGGACCUUUCUCAGUUUUAUGUCGACGCUGCUGCCGGCAACCUGAGCUCGCUUAGCUUCCUCAACCCCUCGUGCUGCGGCGUCGGCACCACCUCGAUGCAUCCCUCUGGCUUGAUCUCGGCCGGCGAGGCCCUCAUCAAGAAUGUCUAUGAAGCCCUGCGCGCGAGUCCUCAGUGGGAAGAGACCCUCCUAAUUCUGACUUUUGAUGAGACCGGCGGCUUUCACGACCAUGUCCCUCCCCCGCUCGCCCCCAGGCCCGACAACCUGACAUACACGGCCUCCACCCCUGCCGGCGAGGCCUACACCUUCCCUUUCAACCGUCUCGGCGGCCGCAUUCCUACUCUUCUCAUCUCCCCAUGGGUCAGCAAAGGCCAUGUCGAGCAGCAGGGAAAGAAUGCAGCCGGCGACGUCGUCUCGUACUCGGCCACCUCAAUUCUUCGCACUCUGGGCUACCUCUUUGAUUUUGAACCCUACAAUCCCCGUGUGGAGUGGUCUCCCUCCUUCGGGCACCUUAUUAACUCCAAGGCCCGCAAGAACACGCCCACAACUCUCCCUGCUGCUGAUCCUUUCAGAUCUUGAUGGUAGAGUUGCGCAAAUAGGAGCCGAGUUAGAGGUACUCAGUCACUCAAGACCCUGGGUCAGCACUUCAAUUGAAAGGCUGACUGAUAUGCUAGGAGUGAGAGGAUCUCAUCACGAUCCUGCCCGAUCCGAAGCCGAGAGGUGAUGUGGGCCGUCAUGCCAUGCACGUCUAGAAACUGUGUAUAAGACUAGUACUAUG